AGUUCCGGGGAGGCCCCCCACUUUUGACUCAAGCAGAGACUGGGUGGCGUCUGCACCGGCCGUGCAAGUUGCUAUGGGCAACCAGCUAGCACGUCUGGCGAGACCCACUUGGCGGGAGAUGUUCCGGUUAUAGAACCGAAGCAUCUUAGGCCCCCGGUCCCUGCAGUGACUGUACGAUGGCUCCCUGCACACUUCUUCAGCGACACCAUCCACGUUGGACUAGGAUGUGGAGGCCUUCUGACUUUCCACUCUGUCUCUUUUAUUAGGGUGAAGGCCACACCCCUUUGCCAGACAUGCAUUGUCCUUAGAAAAACAUAAAUGGAAAAACAGCAGCUGGAGAUUUCUCCUUUAUAAAGCGUCUGCUUGGUAUGAAGGAUGAACGUGCCACGUAGGGACUUGAUAGGAAUGGGGAAAGUCCUGUCACCAUGAGUAUGGCGUCUCAUUGGUCAUCUUAGAUCUACCCCCGUGUCUUAUGGCUGACAAGAUGCAGGUACUACGGCACUCCGAGCACACACUGAAAACAGCUCUCCUCUCAAAGAACCCAGUGCUUGUGUCACAGUAUGAGAAGUUAGAUGCUGGGGAGCAACGGUUAAUGAAUGAAGCCUUCCAGCCACGCAGUAACCUGUUUGAGCCCAUUACUGUGCACUCCCAGUCAGACUGGAUCUCCUCCCACCCCGAGGCUCCCCAAGACUUUGAGCAGUUUUUCUCUGACCGCUACAGAAAGGCACCCUGUCCAAAGAAACAUAUAAUCUACAUUCAGUCCAUUGGCUCUCUAGGCAACACCAGAGUCAUCAGUGAAGAGUAUAUUAAAUGGCUCAAGGGCUACUGUGAAGCAUUUUUCUACGGUUUGAAGGUGAAGUUCUUAGAACCUGUUUCGGUCUCUGAAACCAAGUGUUCCUUUAGAGUGAAUGAGCACACACAAAACCUGCAAAUCCACACAGGACAUAUCCUGGCAUUCUUGAAGAAGAAUAAACCGGAAGAUGCCUUCUGCAUCGUGGGGAUCACAAUGAUCGAUCUCUACCCUCGGGACUCGUGGAACUUCGUCUUUGGACAGGCCUCCUUGUCAAGUGGUGUGGGCAUAUUCAGCUUUGCCAGGUAUGGCAAGGACUUCUACACCUCGAAAUACGAAGGCAAUGUGACGUCUCUGCAGCUAACGUCUCCCACUGACUACUCCAUUUUUGAUAACUAUUACAUCCCUGAAAUCACUAGUGUUUUGCUGUUGCGAUCCUGUAAGACUUUAACCCAUGAGAUCGGACACAUACUUGGACUGCGACACUGCCAGUGGCUUGCGUGUUUAAUGCAAGGCUCCAAUCACUUGGAGGAAUCUGACCGGCGUCCUCUGAAUGUUUGCCCUAUCUGCUUACGAAAGCUGCAGAGUGCCAUUGGCUUCAAUAUUGUGGAGAGAUACAGAGCACUGGUGAAGUGGAUUGACGACGAAUCUUGCAACGAAUCAGGAGCAACUCCGAAAAGUAGUUCUGAGCAUGCGCAUUUGCCGAAACCUGUGGAAGCCUUUAAGGAUUGGAGAGAGUGGCUAAUGAGAUGCAUUGCUCUCCUUGAGAAAUAAGGACUUUGAGACAGGAGUAACUGAAAUAAAUACUGGCACACUAGGUGUUCGUGGGUAGAGUUCUUCAUUGGGAUACACUGUCUGCGGAGGCCAGGUGACAGACUAGAGCUUGUCUGAGCCCUGGGGCAGGAACAAGGUUCACUAAGAACAACAAAACCCUCUCUGCCUUCCUUCCCGUAUCACAGCUGGUCUGUGGCAGUAACUCCAUCACCUCUGCCCUUCAGAUAGGAUUAGGUGAAGCUAGACGGCAAACAAAUAAAUACUUUGAAAAUCAUUCUGUGUGGCCCUAGGAAUGAAUCAGCACUUUUCCAGGUUGCAGAAGAGAUGCUGCCCCUUGUGAGGCCCAGCCGAGUCACCAGGGCUUUGGCCUUGCACAGGCUGCCAUCCUUCUGACCCGUGGGUGCCCUGCACUCUUUCCUGGCCAUUUCUGAGCCUGUCCCUGCAGGAAGCGAUGGCUUCUAUCAGUUCUCAGCAGUGAGAACAGCAGUGGUCCUUUCCCACAGCAGCUGGGGCGGGGGGGGGGGGGGGGGGGGGUUAGAGCGCCUUUCUCAGCUGUAACUGAUGGCUGCGUCUGAAGCCUUUACUCUAAUGGUGCUUAUGUCUGUGUGGGUUGCACCCAUUCUAUAGGGCUAGGUGGAAUUGACGUUUGUUCUUACGGUGUUUUGUCUACUUCAUUGUACUGUGACAUGCUUGAAUAAGGGAGGGAGGGAAUGGAUUACUUACCUGUCAGGAUGCCAAGAGCACCUGUGUGGUCUGUCAGCCUGGAUCUCAGUGAGCUGCGGUAAGCAGGUUGGCAACCUCAGGCUCAACCCAUCUGUGAGGUCAAUGCAUCUUGGAAAACAGAAAGUGACCUGGCAGCAUAUUCCUUAUUUGUAGUACUGUUUUGUGUUUAGUUUGUUGUUGUCCUUUGAGACAGGGUCUCUUUAAGUAGCCCUGGCUGGCCGUGAAUGCACAGAGAACCCCUUCCUCUGCCUCUCAAGAGCUGGGACUGAAGGUGUUUGCUACCACACCUGGUGGUACUGGACUCUGACUCAGGGCCUUGUGCAAGCUUAGCACUCUACAGUUGAGCAACAACUCUGGCCCCCAGCUCCCCACUUUCCUAUUUUAUCCUUAAGGUAAGACUUCCUCUCUCUUUCAUUUUUUUAUUUCAGUGCUGGGGCAGGGUGAGGAGAUGGGGGCGAGGCUGAAGGGCAACCUCAGGUAUCACUCCUCAGCAAUUAGGUCAGGCUGGCUGUCCAGUGAGCCUCAGGGAUCCACCUGCCUGCUUCCCUCACCCCCACCCCGUGGGUACUGGGUAUCCCACGGGGGCCUGUGCUUACAUGACAAGCCCCUUACAGGCUGAGCUAUUUCCAGCUCUCUUUUUCCAUUUGAAAUCUAAAUGAAGUCAUUGUUGUGAUUCACAUGGUGUAAUUAAAAGCAUGGUGACAACUGAA